GCCCUCGGUGACUAGUCUCUACGCGUCUGAUUGGUUACCGAAUUUCACGGAGCGCUGCCAGCCAAUCAGAACGUAGGAUGUGUGUAACUCAUGGUAUAACCGUAAAGAAGGCAAAGGAAACUGCUGCUCUUUCGUGUGAAUUCACUGGGAACGUUUAGUUGCGAUAACCGGUUAAGCUUCUUUAACAUUUAGCUAGACUUUAUUUAUUAUCAGCAAUUCAGGAGGUCAACCAUGGCUUCGGGAGGGGAAUCAAAACCUGAAGAUCUAACAACUGCAAUUCUUAAGCAAAAGAGCAGACCCAACAGACUGAUUGUCGAUGAAUCGAUUAACGAAGACAACAGCGUCGUCUCUCUUUCUCAGGCCAAAAUGGACGAGCUGCAGCUCUUCCGUGGUGACACAGUUCUGAUGAAGGGGAAGAAGAGACGGGAGACGGUUUGUAUCGUGCUCUCAGAUGACACCUGCUCUGAUGAAAAAGUUCGUAUGAACAGGGUGGUCCGCAACAAUCUGAGGGUCCGUCUUGGUGACGUCAUCAGCAUUCAGCCAUGUCCUGAUGUAAAGUAUGGAAAGAGGAUUCAUGUCCUCCCUAUAGACGACACAGUAGAGGGAAUCACUGGCAACCUGUUUGAAGUCUACUUGAAGCCAUACUUUCUGGAGGCUUACAGACCAAUCCGUAAAGGUGAUAUCUUUCUGGUCAGAGGAGGCAUGAGAGCUGUGGAGUUCAAGGUGGUGGAGACCGAUCCUUCCCCCUACUGCAUAGUUGCUCCUGACACAGUCAUCCACUGUGAGGGUGAGCCAAUCAGGAGAGAGGAUGAGGAGGAGUCCCUGAAUGAAGUGGGAUAUGAUGACAUUGGAGGAGUUAGGAAGCAGCUAGCUCAGAUCAAAGAGAUGGUGGAGCUGCCUCUCAGACAUCCUGCACUGUUUAAGGCCAUAGGAGUCAAGCCUCCGCGUGGAAUUCUUCUAUAUGGACCUCCUGGAACUGGAAAAACCUUGAUUGCCAGGGCUGUGGCAAAUGAAACUGGAGCUUUCUUUUUCCUAAUCAAUGGUCCUGAGAUCAUGAGUAAGCUGGCUGGAGAGAGUGAGAGUAACCUGAGAAAGGCCUUUGAGGAGGCGGAGAAGAACGCUCCUGCAAUCAUCUUUAUUGAUGAACUUGAUGCUAUUGCUCCAAAGAGAGAGAAGACUCAUGGUGAGGUAGAGAGGCGCAUUGUCUCCCAGCUGCUGACUCUCAUGGACGGCCUGAAACAGAGAGCUCACGUGAUUGUCAUGGCUGCCACCAACAGACCCAACAGCAUUGAUCCAGCUCUCAGGAGAUUUGGACGUUUUGACAGAGAAGUGGACAUCGGCAUCCCUGACGCAACUGGCAGGUUGGAGAUUCUACAGAUUCACACCAAAAACAUGAAGCUGGCUGAGGACGUUGAUUUGGAACAGGUUGCCAAUGAGACCCAUGGCCACGUCGGUGCUGAUCUGGCAGCUCUCUGCUCCGAGGCUGCUCUGCAGGCCAUUAGGAAGAAGAUGGACCUGAUCGACCUGGAAGAUGAGACAAUUGAUGCUGAAGUCAUGAAUUCUCUUGCCGUUACCAUGGACGACUUCAAGUGGGCUCUGAGCCAGAGCAACCCAUCAGCUCUGAGGGAGACGGUUGUUGAAGUUCCCAACAUCACCUGGGAUGACAUUGGAGGUCUGGAGGAUGUUAAGAGGGAGCUGCAGGAGCUGGUGCAGUACCCUGUGGAGCAUCCAGACAAGUUCCUGAAGUUUGGCAUGACCCCAUCCAAGGGUGUGCUCUUCUAUGGUCCCCCUGGGUGUGGUAAGACUCUGCUGGCCAAAGCCAUUGCCAAUGAGUGCCAGGCAAAUUUCAUCUCCAUCAAAGGACCUGAGCUGCUCACCAUGUGGUUUGGAGAGUCUGAGGCUAAUGUCAGAGAGAUCUUUGAUAAGGCUCGUCAAGCCGCCCCAUGUGUGCUCUUCUUUGAUGAAUUGGACUCCAUAGCCAAGGCUCGUGGUGGCAAUGUUGGAGAUGGUGGCGGAGCUGCUGAUCGUGUCAUCAACCAGAUCUUGACAGAGAUGGACGGAAUGUCCAGCAAGAAGAACGUCUUCAUCAUUGGAGCCACCAACAGACCAGACAUCAUCGACCCUGCCAUCUUGAGACCUGGCCGCUUGGAUCAGCUUAUCUACAUCCCCCUGCCGGAUGAGAAGAGCAGGAUCAGCAUUCUCAAGGCCAACCUGCGCAAGAGCCCUAUCAGCAAGGAUGUGGACUUGGACUUCUUGGCCAAGAUGACCAAUGGAUUCUCUGGUGCUGAUCUCACAGAGAUCUGCCAGCGGGCCUGUAAGCUCGCCAUCCGGGAGAGCAUUGAGAACGAGAUCCGCAGAGAGAGGGAGAGGCAGACAAACCCGUCAGCCAUGGAAGUAGAAGAGGAUGACCCUGUGCCAGAGAUCAGGAAGGACCACUUUGAGGAAGCAAUGCGAUUCGCCCGUCGCUCUGUCAGCGACAAUGACAUCCGCAAAUACGAGAUGUUUGCUCAGACACUGCAGCAAAGCCGAGGCUUCGGCAGCUUCAGGUUUCCCUCCAGUACUGCAGGCGGCAGCGGUCCAAGUCACGGCUCAGGUGGAACUGGUAGUGGUCCAGUGUUCAAUGAAGAUAAUGAUGACGACCUUUACGGAUAAAUGCACACUGCCCCACAGUGGUCGGUCCUGGGAUCACACCUGUACAAAUUCUCACCAGAUUCCACAUUUUUAGGACUUUGUGCUUCUUUCAUGUGUUCCCCCCCUUUUUUUUUUUUUUUCUUUAUUUUGUAUAAUUUACCUUGGAGAAAGCAUGUAGCCACUUGGUUUACCCUGACUUUGGAUGUGGGAGGGGGACGGGGAUGAUGAAAACAUAAGGUGAGUAACUAUAAACAGGGUCAGAGAGGGCAGGGUUGCCGAUUUUUUUCAGUGGCUUCAUUGUCUGUAUAUCACAAAAAAAAAAAAAAUUAAUGGAAUGGCUAUAGUGAUGGGGAUUUCUGCUAGACUGAAUGACAAACAUUGCUGAUGACUUCUUUUUUUCUUUUUUAAAAUGAGCAGUAGCAUUUAAUGUAUUACAGAUUUGUCAAGGUUAUGUUGUUGCAAAUAAAAUCUCACUAAAUGGAGAAACUA